CGAAGAGAAUGAAGAGGAAAGAAGUUUCUAACCGCAAACGAAGACCCAUUGCACACCGACAUCAUGAAGCUCGAUGCAAGGAGGCUAGAGAAUCGAACCAAAUUCUUCAAAAUCUACUCUUUCAAGGCACGUCCACAAGGUGUUCGACAAUUUGCCUCAACCAAAUUUGGGGGUUGAUUCUCGUCCAAUCCUUACCGCAUCAAUUCCAAAAGUUCUCCCAAGUAUGUCGUCCAACAAAAGAGGUCGCACGGAUGAAGCUUCAUCUUCCAAAAGCAAAGAAAAAGGCAAGAAAGGUGCCACCAAAACGACGAUCCCUUUUCCCGAAAAAGAAGCCUUUAGUGUGGAAGGCGCCGCGACUCUAUUUACUAAACAAGGCAAAAAGACCGUCAUCACGGAACGGGCCUUGACAAUCACGCUGCCACACUUAGCCAAUCUUAACCAAGAAAUCAUAAGACGAAGAUGGUAAAUGCUUUGUGAACCGGAGCCAAUUUACAACAUAUCGAUCGUACGAGAGUUUUAUGCGAACACGUUGGUACUCAAGUAUCCACGAGAAUUCACAAGUGUGGUACGAAAAAUUUAUGUUAGUUGAGAGAUGGAUGAUAUAAAUCGAUAUUACGGGCUCCCGUGUUUGGGUCAAAGUUGGCGAGAGAUGAGCAACGAAGUCACCAAAUGCCAAAUUGGUGAAGUGUUGAGUGAUGGACAUCCAAGAUGGAUUGAAUACCCGGACAAGGGGACGUACGAACUCAAUUGGAAAAGCAUCAAUUAUGAAGGCAAGGCGUGGUUGACGUUUAUUUGCGCCAACAUAAUCCCGACUACCUCGUUUAGUCGGAUCAACCACGAACGGUGUGCGCUCGCUUAUUACAUUAUCACGGGGAAGCCGAUCGACAUCGGGUCAAUUAUGUCCGAUCAACUUUGGCUUUCCAUGCGCGACAAUACAAAGGACAUCUUCUUCCCUAGCCUCGUAACGGGGUUGUGCAAAAGAAAGAGGGUCCCCAAAUUAUCAAACGAUAUUGAGCUCAACAUCCGGAAGCCGAUUGCCGAUUUUACGGCCUCGCUAUUCAAAGAAGCCACCCAUGACGAGCCGCAAGCCGCUCUUCCAGCCCGAGACGAGCCCGAAGCCUCAAGCUCCCAUGCCGAUCGACGAUUCCGAAAUAAGAUGGAGAGAGAGAUGAUAAUUACGAGGAAUCGAUUGACUACCGGCGAGCAUAAAGUCAAUACGGUGGAGGCACUUCAAUGGUGGUCGAGCAAAAUGCUACAAGCUAUAGUCCAACACUUGGGAUGCGGGACGCCCGAUUGCAUCGAGCCGGCACCUUUACCGGCACCCAUUCUAGAGCCCGUACCCGAGCUUUCCGAUGAGGACGAGCGUGAGAGAGCGCGGGCGGAGCACCCCGAUCACAUCGACUCCGACUAAAUCAGGUGUUUUCUAUCCUUA